AUGCUGCACCGCUGCGCCGACAAUUACAACUCGUUCGCGGACGUUGACGACGGGUCGUGCGCCUUCGAGGUGUACGGUUGCGUCUUCUCGCAGGCGCUGAACUACAACUCGGAGGCCACCGUGUACGACGGCUCGUGCGUGUUUGCAGUCCUCGGAUGCCAAAAUUCGUCGGCAUCAAACUACCGGCCCGACGCGAACACGGACGACCCGCAGAACCCGUGCGUCUUCCUGGUGGAAGGCUGUGUCGACACGGCCGCCCUCAAUUUUGACUCGGAGGCUCAGAUCCUCGACGACUCGUGCGUCUACCCCGUGCCGGGCUGCCUGAACGCCACCGCCGUUAACUUCAAUUCGGCGGCGAACGAGGACGACGGCUCCUGCGUGGAGGCGCGGCCCGGCUGCGAGGACCCGGCCGCGGACAACUACGACCCGCUCGCGAACGAGCCCAACCCGGACGCGCCGUGCGAGUACACCGUGGAGGGAUGCACCAACUCGUCGGCCGUGAACUACAACUCGUUGGCCACCGUGCCCGACGACUCGUGCGUGCCGGAGAUUCCUGGCUGCAUGGCCUCCCUGGCCCUCAACUACCGUUCGUCGGCGAAUCGAGACGACGGCUCGUGCGACUUUCCUACGUUUGGAUGCACGAACUCGAGCGCCCUGAACUACCUCGCCGACGCCACCGCGGACGACGGUAGCUGCAUCUUUCGCGUGCCCGGCUGCACGCGGCCCGGCGCGCUCAACUUCGACUCCGAGGCGACGGUGGACGACGGCAGCUGCGUGGACGCGGUGCUCGGGUGCACGGACGCCGCGGCGCUCAACUACCGCCCGCUGGCGAAUCGAGACGACGACUCGUGCCUCUACUUUGGGUGCCCCAACCCGCGCGCCGACAAUUACGACGACCGCACCAACGCCAACAACCAGUCCGUCGUCGUCGACACCAACGGCACCGCGUGCGACUUUCCCACGUUUGGAUGCACGAACUCGAACGCGGCAAACUACAUGCCGAACGCGACCUCCGACGAUGGGUCCUGCUUCCGCUUCGCCUGCGCCCAGUCGGACGCCCCGAACUACGACGACACGUGCGGGGCCGCAGCAGGGCUACCUUGCCUCGACGACGGCUCUUGCCGGCCAAAGAUUGCUGCCCUUGAGGACCUCUACACCGAGGCGGCCGAGGCGCUGAACACGCAGCCGUUCCUGAACGACAUCAUCGGCAACAGCUUCGCCAGGGGGUGCGCCGAUAACAACGCAGAUUUCUUCGACAUGUUCGGCCUUGGCAGCGGGGGAGGAGGCAGGCGCGCGCUGCAAGCGACGGCCGGCUCGCCCGCGCAGGCGGCGGCUGGGCGAGAGAGUGAGGCGGCGGGCACAGGGGUAGCGUCCCUCGACGAGGUGCUCAGCCCCCUGCGCGCGCGCGCGAGACUCGGGGCGCCCGGCAAGCAGAGAGAGAUCGCGACGCGCCGGCGCUUCGCCGAGGAGCCGGUGCCAAGGCCAGAAAUCUCCACGGGCUGCACCGACUCGCUGGCGAGCAACUUUGACUCGGAGGCGGUCGCUUUCUCGGGGCGCUGCUGGUACGAUGUCAUCGGCUGCAUGAACUCGACCGCGCUCAACUACAAUCCGAUUGCCAACGUUGAGGGGAGCUGCGUGCCGCGAGUGUCUGGCUGUAUGGCGAGCUCGGCGGUCAACUUCGACGACACGGCCACAACAAUGGAGGGCGCGGCUUGCACCUGGGCCAUCCGCGGCUGCACCGACCCCGCCGCGCUCACCUUCGACCCGCUCGCUACCGAGCCCGACCCCGCCUUGUGCACGGCACCGGUGGUCGGCUGCGCCGACCCGCUCGCGACCAGCUACAGCGCGGCGGUGAACCUCCACAACAGCACCGCUUGCAUCUACCCUGUGCGGGGUUGCACUGACUCGGCCUCGCAAAACUACGACCCGGCUGCCGAGGAGAACGACGGCUCGUGCGUGCGGCCUGGCUGUGCGUUCCCCUCGGCCGCGAAUUUCGCGCCCGGCACGACCGUCUCUGAGCCGGAUGAAUGCGUUUGGUUGCCACACGGGUGCAGUGAAGAGCCUCGCGCUGCCAACUACGACCCCGACGCGCAGGGUGGCGGUGUGUGCUUUGUGCCGGGCUGCCGCGACCCCUCGGCACCAGAUUUCGACUCGAGCGCCACUUUUGAUGCCGGGUGCAAGCAGGUGGCCCGCGGCUGCACGGAUGCUGCCGCAUCCAACUACGCCCCGCGGGCGGAGAAGGACGACGGCAGUUGCCGCUACGGCGGCUGCAAAACGCCGACGGACCUUGCCUACAGCGCUGGCGCUCACUUCCACGACGAGAGCGCGUGCCGCGGGAGGGGGAACUGCACCGACUCGGGGGCCGCGAACUUUGGCGCGGCCGGGCAGGCGUGCCGGUUCGGCGGCUGCACCAACAUGUCCGAUCCAGCCUACAGCCCGGACGCGACCUUCGACGACGGCACGUGCGGCCUCUCACUGCGCGGCUGCACAAGCUCUUCCUCCGCGAACUUCGACGCGGCCGCCGCUGUGAGCGGCGGGGGUGCCUGUGUCCCAGUCUUCUGCGGCGAGCGGCACAGGCGCGUCGAGGCGGCGGGCCAGGGCGUCGCGUGCGUGCCGCACGUCUUUGGGUGCACCGACGAGCGAGCGGCCAAUUUUGCCGCCUGGGCGACGGCCGACGACCGCUCCGCGGUCAACUACAACUCAAACGCGACGCAGGGCGGCGCGCAGGAUUGCGAAUGGCCAAGGGGCGGUUGCACCGACUCCGCGUCGCCGACCUACCGCUCGUGGGCGACCGUCAACGACGGCUCAUGCUACGUGGCCGACUCGGACACGCCGGCGGGCGUCGAGGCCCUUGUGAUGCUCCUCACCCUCUCUGUCACCGUCUUGCUGCAGUUCCUCGCCGUGCGCUUCCCAUCGCUCCGGCGGCCGAGGCUCGGCGCGGUGGCGCUGCCGCCGCUCGCCGCGCUCGAGAUGGCGGCGCACGCCCUCUCGGUGCGCAGGCUGCUCUACGAGGCGGUCCGCCCCGCCCUCGUGGGCGCGGAGGACGAGGGCGGGGUGGGCGCCUCCUCGGCGGCGAGUGGCGUGUGGGCCGAAUGGGGCGGCGCCAUCGCAGCCGCGCUCGAGCAGCAGGCGGGCGAAGCCUUCUCCCUGCGCGCGGCGGCGGCCGAUCCGGCGUCCUGCGCCCUGCUCAUGGCGUCCUCCCUCGCGCUCGCCCUCCUCCUCGCCGCCCCCGCCGCUCUCGUCGCGGGCUGCCACUGCGCGUCGCAGCUCGCCGUGCAGGGCCUGUACCGCGCUUCGCUGCCGCGCGACGCGCCGCCGACCCCCCUCAUCCUGCAGGCGUCGCUCGCUCUCGCCGCGGCGGCGCUGCUCCUCCGCUUCGUCCGGCCGGCGCUGUUGCUGCUCUCGCACGAGCGUAGCGGCCGCUCCUGGCGCUCUUCCUUUGGCCUGGCGGUUUGA